AUGUUGCCACCAAGUCUUCGGCGCGUCACGUUUAGCGAGCUGACAGCCGACAAGGCAACGUGGGACGUGCUCGUCACGGGCUUGUCUCGUGCACACGCCCUCGACAAGCUCUCAUGGUUCUGGUGCUACCUACAACCGUCCGUCGUCAAGGCCAUCGCUAAGUCGUUGCCCAACUGGAUCCAUCGCGGUAUCCGAAACAUCUCGUUGGACGACUCGAGCCUUCAUGACAAAGUGUUUCGCACCGAGGCGACGAAGCGCCGCAUCACGUACCAUGUCGAUCGCCGCACGAAGCUUCUCGUGCUCGAGAGUCCCGUCCCGCACCCACAAGAGUUGUAG